AUGGAAAAUAACAAGAAGAAACAUCUAUCCACCUUUGCUAACAACCUUCUUCACCAAUGUGCUAUGAGACUGGGGACAUGUGUGGAUGAGUUAGUUAAAGGAUUUGAGAUUGGAUGGGAGGCGGACUUGGGAGGGUACUCUAGGAAGUUGGUGGAGUAUUGUUCGAGUAAAGUGCUUAAUGAAGUGUGUAGAAACCUUGAAGUAGAGAUUAAUGAAGGUGAUUUUAGUCGGGUUACAUUCGAUAUGAUGCUUGCUUGGGAAAUACCUAGCUCUAUCGAUGAAGAGUCUCAUACGGAGUAUGUUGCUAAGGAGAAAGAAGAUAAAGGGAUACCAACACCUGCCAAAUCCACUAAUGAGCAAGAUGACAUUUCUAUUUUCUAUUCAGACAUCAUGCCGCUACUCGUUGAUAAUCAGCCAAGUGUCGGAGGUGAUGCAUUUGCGUGGUUGGGAUCGUUAGUUCCAUUAAUGACUGAUUUUGUGACUGGGAGAUUCACUUUUGAGACACUAACCAUAUCUACUGGAAAUCGUCUACAUUUCCCUGCAUAUGACAAAUAUCUCAAUGAAAUCGACAAAUGCAUAAAACAUUUGCAAACGCAAGUGAUACCGACGAACACGGCUUUGGCAGAUGAUGAAUAUAUUCUGCACGUCGAGGGAACUGCCAGUUCACAGAGAGUUAUUCGUCAUAUUGGGGGACAAAGCUGGCCUGGGAGACUAACAUUAACCAACUACGCCCUCUACUUUGAGACCUCGGGAAUUGUUUCAUAUCAAGAUGCAAUUAAGCUUGAUCUGUCAAGGGACAUAGAGCAGUCUGUAAAGCCAGCAUCGACAGGUCCUCUGGGUGCUCCUCUUUUUGACAGAGCCAUAAUAUACGAGUCCUCGGAACUGAAAGAGGAUGUCCAAAUUGAGUUCCCGGAGAUGGCUAGCUCCACAAGACGAGACCAUUGGCUUGCUCUCGUGAAGGAAAUUAUGCUUUUGCACAAGUUCAUAAGAAAGUUCGAACUGGAAUCUUCGCAAAAAGUAUGGGAGAUGCAUGCAAGGACCAUCUUAGGGAUCAUAAGGCUUCAUGCAGCCAGAGAAAUGCUUAGAAUUUCUCCACCUGAUCCCAAAAGUUUCCUCAUUUUUGCAUUGUUUGACGAGCUUCCUACAGGAAGUUAUGUCCUACAAGAACUUGCUGAAAGUUUGAAAACAGUCGAAACUGAACACCCGUGCAGUGCAACCUCUGUGUUGCGCAGCUUGAAUGUCUCCCGGGUGUGUGCUCUGCACAAGGAAAUGAAAGUAGGGAGUGAGAAUACUGAAAUUGCAAGUAACCAACCUGUGAAUAUAUCAUCUUUGGAAACAGCUGUUGAACAGGUUAGAGAGGAAGCAAAAGAAAUUAACAUGGCAAAAGCCAAGGCAGAAGAGAUAAAAGACGAAGGGAUUGGCAACAGCGUUGCCGUACUGAUGGAGUUGGUGAAGCCUCUAAAAAAUGCAUUGCCGUGGUUUCAAGAGGUCAUCCAGUGGGAAAGACCAGUAUCCACUGUCAUGGUGAUUGGAUUUACACUAUUGGUUGUGUACAAAGAGUGGAUUGGCAAGGCCAUGGCAAUAUUCUUAAUGUGGGUAGUUUCAAAGAUGAUUUGGGCAAGACGACAUGGUGUAGGCAAGAAAACCAAGUUUGUUGUAUGUACUGCCUCUGAUCAGUCAACAAGGGAGAGCAUAGUGUCGGCACAAUCUGGACUUAAUACAGCUUACAGUAUCAUGCAGUUGGCGAAUAUUUCAAUACUGAAAUUAUGGUCAAUAAUGUUAUCAAACGCCCCUAAACACACAGAUAUGGCGAUUACAGCAUUGACCGGGUGUGCAAUAGUAUUAGCAGUCAUCCCGCUGAAGUUCAUUAUUAUGGUCCUAGUGGUAUUGGCGUUUGCAACAACGUCAAAGUUGGGGAAGCUUGUUAAGAAGAGAAAAAUUGACAUGGGGAAUAGGAAACUACAAGGAUGGUGGGAUUCGAUUCCAGUGAUUCCUAUUGAAAUUGUAGACAAGGUUGAAGAUAUUCCCAAGGCAACGAAAAGAGAGUAA